UAUUGACUGGUGGAAUUGAGAGUGCUGGAGAAACAGGGAGGGAAAAGGGGGCUUUCAAGAGAUAGCUAGGCAGCCAACGACACCCUCGCGACAGGAUUACAAAUCUAUAGAUUCUCAAAGGUCCUGGUUGAUAGGAGCAACUCCCAGAGCUGUUUGAGAUUGAGCUGAAAACAUUUCUGCAGGAAGACCUUUGAAUAAAAGAGCCAUGGAGCCGAGAGAGAAAAGCCCUCAGCAGAUAAGGCAAGUGCUGAUUUUCUUUGUUUGCCUGGGAGGGUCUUUGGUGUGUUCAGAGAACUGGCGCUUUUCUGUAGCAGAAGAAACAGAGACCGGCUCCUUUAUAGCCAACGUGGUGAAAGACGUAGGUUCAGGUGUGGAAGACUUGGCUGCGCGGAGGGCCAGAGUCAUCUUUGACGAUUAUAAACCAUACCUGUGGUUGGAUCAGCAGACUGGCAACUUGCUCUUAAAUGAGCAAUUGGACCGGGAGGCACUUUGUGAUUUCACGGAGCCAUGUGUAUUGCAUUUUCAGGUGUUACUUGAAAAUCCUUUGCAAUUUUUUCGGGCUGAGCUUUGGGUCAGAGACAUAAAUGAUCACACUCCCACAUUCUUAGAUAAAGAUAUACUUCUGAAAAUUCAAGAAGGUACUGCUCCAGGAACCUCAUUUCAAAUGGAGAGUGCUCAGGACUUGGAUGUAGGAAAGAAUGGUGUCCAAAACUACACAUUAAGCCCCAAUCCUCAUUUCCACCUUAAAUUAGAAGACAGUGAUGAGGGCAGAAAAUACCCAGAGCUGGUACUGGACCAAUCUCUGGAUCGAGAGAAGGAGCCUGAGCUUAGAUUAACGCUAACAGCCUUGGAUGGUGGGUCUCCGCCCAGGUCUGGAACUGCAGUGGUUCGCGUUUUGGUCUUAGAUAUCAAUGACAAUGCCCCUGAGUUCCAGAGUCCCCUCUAUGAGGUUCAGAUACCAGAAAACAGCCCUCUGGACUCCUUGGUCGUCAAGGUGUCUGCUACAGAUUUAGACACAGGAAUAAAUGGAGAACUAUCUUAUUCGUUUUCGCACAUCUCCAGAGACAUACGGAAAACAUUUGAAAUCCAUCCAGUCUCUGGCGAAGUCCAUUUAAAAGCACUUUUGGAUUUCGAGUUAAUUCAGUCUUACAUGAUAAAUAUUCAGGCCAUUGACGGUGGAAGCCUCACGGGAAAAUCUACGAUUUUAAUUCGGGUCCUAGAUGUGAAUGAUAACCCACCAGAAAUAGUCAUAACAUCUCUUACCAGCCCCAUACCGGAAAAUUCAUCACCUGAGAUGGUCGUCGCUGUUUUUGGUGUACGAGACCAAGACUCUGAGGACAACGGGAAGAUGGUUUGCUCAAUUCAAGAUAAUCUCCCCUUUCUCUUGAAACCCACUUUCAAGAAUUUCUACACCCUGGUAACAGAGCGCCCAUUGGACAGAGAGACCAGAACUGAAUACAACAUUACCAUCACCGUCACUGAUUUGGGGACCCCCAGACUGAAAACCGAACAUAACAUAACCGUGAUAGUCUCCGACGUCAACGACAACGCCCCGGCCUUCACUCAAACCUCCUACACGCUGUUCGUCCGCGAGAACAACAGCCCCGCCCUGCACAUCGGCAGCGUCAGCGCCACAGACAGAGACGCGGGCGCCAACGCCCAGGUCACCUACUCGCUGCUGCCGCCCCAGGACCCGCAGCUGCCCCUGGCCUCCCUGGUGUCCAUCAACGCGGACAACGGGCAGCUGUUCGCCCUGAGGGCGCUGGAUUACGAGGCCCUGCGGGUCUUGGAGUUCGGCGUGGGCGCCGUGGACCGCGGCUCCCCGGCGCUGAGCAGCCCGGCGCUGGUGCUGUUAGCAAGGACAGACUGCCAGGACAGACUGCCUACAGACCCAACAGGAACCCCGACCCUAAAGACUUCUGGCGUUGGAGAAAUGGAGGCUGAAGAGCAGCGCUUUCCUAUACUAAGGCAAGUCCUGCUUCUCUUUGUUUUCCUGGCUCAGACUUGGGCGGAGCAUGAAGGUUAUAGUGUCGUAGAAGAAACGGCCACUGGAUCUUUUGUGGCCAAUCUAGCAAAGGACAUAGGGCUAGAGGUAGGAAUGCUGUCUUGGCGGAGGGCUCGGGUCAUUGUUAACAACAACAAAAAACACUUUCAGCUGAACCUUCAGACUGGAGAUUUACAAGUAAAUGAGAAAUUGGAUCGGGAAGAACUGUGUGGUCCCACGGAGCCUUGCAUGCUGCAAUUCCAGGUGUUACUGGAAGAACCUUUGGAGGUAUAUAGGUUUAAGCUUUUGGUUAGUGACAUAAAUGACAAUUCACCUGUGUUUCCAGAAGCAGAAAUGACUUUGAAAAUAAUGGAAAAUACUCUUCCAGGGACUCUGUUUCCCCUAAAAAAUGCACAAGAUUUAGAUGUAGGCAUCAAUAACAUUCAAAAGUACACCAUCUACCCCAACUCCCAUUUCCACGUUCUUACCCGAAAUGGCAGUGAGGGCAGAAAAUACCCAGAGCUGGUUCUGGACAAAGCCCUAGAUCGUGAGGAACAGCCUGAGCUCAGCGAGCGCGACGCGGCCAAGCACAGGCUGCUGGUGCUGGUCAAGGACAAUGGCGAGCCGCCGCUGUCGGCCAGCGUCACGCUGCACGUGCUGCUGGUGGACGGCUUCUCGCAGCCCUACCUGCCGCUCCCGGAAGCGGCUGCCGACGCGGCCCAGGCCGACCCGCUCACCGUCUACCUGGUCAUCGCGCUGGCGUCGAUGUCGUCGCUCUUCCUGUUCUCGGUGCUGGCAUUCGUCGCGGUGAAGUUGUGCAGGAGGGGCAGGGCCGCCUGGAUGAGUGGCAGCUCAGUGCCCGAGGGCCACUUUCCGGGCCACCUAGUGGAUGUCAGCGGCACUGGAACCCUGUCCCAGAAUUACCAGUAUGAAGUGUAUCUGACAGGAGGCUCAGGGAACACCAGAGAGUUCAAGUUCUGAAGUCUGUUGCCUCCAAUCAUCACAAGUCGAUUUGUCAAUGAUGUGGAGGAAAACUCUAACUUCUUAAACAGUUUUGGAUUCAAUUAGGAAUUUGCUAAGUUUUCAGAGCAUUCAAGUUGAAGGUUAGUUCUUUCUAAAUAUACUACAUCUCCAUUACCUUUUUUGGUCCAUAUAGAACUUCUUGGAUAUUUUAUUUCAUUUUCCAAGUUAAGAAGAUUAGAAAUUUUAAGUAUUUCGAUUUAGACAACAAACUUGUAACAUUACUUCAUUACUGAAAAGUCAUGAAUAUUUGUUCAAUUUAUCAACUUUUCAUCAUCAACUACUACUGAUCUGUAAAUGACCCUAGCCCCAUUCUCUGUUUGAAUAUUGUCCAGAAAUAUGUUCUAAAUGUUUGAUGUUGUGGUUACUUAGGAGAUAGGCAUGAUAUAAAUAUAACAAGUCACUAGUAUAUCUUCAGUUUACUAUGAUAUUAUGCAUACGUGGCUUAAUUUUUUAAAGGGAGAAACAUCUGCAAAUAUUGCAUGUUUUUGUUUCACAGUAGUAUUAAAUGGAAAAAACUUACAAUUUCCCCCACACUUAAAGACAUUUUAUCUCUUUAUAUCAAACUUGAGUACAUAAUAUACAUGAGUAUUAUUUAAAAAUCGGUAGAUUUUUUCCUAGAUAUUUAAAAUUAUAGAUCCCACCCCAUCUCUUUCUGGAAAUUUUUCUUUUCAGUAGACAUCUACUGUUAUAGCCAUGUUUAUUUUAAUGAUUCAUCUUCCUCUCUGAUUUCAGACAAUCAAACAAAGUGGUAGACAUUACUGAUCCAAUUGUACCAAUCUGAUUCUCUCUGGGUUUUUUUUUUUAGUAGCUUUAGAAACCAGAUAUGAAAUAGUCCAUCUGUUAGGAACUUAACAAGAAAUAUCAUGUUGGCUAAAGCCAUGAAAAGAAGCAUAGAAAGCCAAUACACUUAGAGGCAAGAAGGAAGGAGAUGCCUAAAGAGUAACCUUGUACAUUUUCCAGUCCCACCCAAGUCUGCUUUGCUCCUUGGGUUUUUGGAAACAAGUGCUCUUGUAAUAAACUUUCCUCUAAUUAAGAAGCUAAGUAGGUUUUUGUUUUCACUUGUUAAAAGCAUGUUUAGAUAUUUUUGUAUGGAUUGAAACUUAUUUUUUGUGGUUUUCAUAUUAAUUUAUAAAUUGUGGUUUUUGUUUUAAUUUAACAAUAUUUGGGUCUAAAGGUUGUGGAAUAUUAGUAGUCUAUAAGAGACAAGCACAAGCUUUUGUUAGACUGUAUACUUUUUAGAAUUGAUAGAUUAUUUCCAAAUUGUACAGUUUGUGGAGUACUUAGUAGAAACUUAGAAUAUUCUACUAUAUAAGUUAUAAAUAUCAUUAGUGUCAUAAUAGCAUUUGUGUGAAAUAACACCGACAAUGUAAAAAGUGUUUUAAAGAGAUGUAUACCUUAUUUGUAAAAUCAUUAUAGCCUGGUCGUUAUGUUCUUUCUUUUUUUAUAAUAUAUUCAUUUGUUGGGGGGGUAGCAAGAGUAUUUUGCUAUUUAAUUAAAACCAUUUUAAAUCAUUCCAAAUUAUUUCAAAUUACUCUUCAAAAGAGCAUGGAAAACAGCUGCUUGGGAACAUGCUGUCUUGUUCAUCCAGCUCAUAUAAUGAACCAGAAUCCUAGCAAAAAAAUGGAGCUUUUCCAUUAGGAAGAGAAUCCGUCAGUCAAAUUUUAAAAGUGAAUUGUGAUGUAUUCAUUGACCUAUUCAAUAAAUAUUUGUUGAGCAUC